UCCUCACAUAUCUAUGUAUCUGAGGUUGAUCAAUUUCGACAACCCAUAUUUGGCUGCAUAUAUAUUUCCUGAGAAAGGUGUUUAAUUCCUAGCACAUGAAGCAAACACAAACAGGUUAAGAAAAACAAAUUACAAAUCCAUUGAAUUGGUUUGAAAUUUGAAUCAAUCCACUAAACAAAAUGCCAAGUAGUGCCAACCUUUAUCAGCUGUAUACUAUAUGAUAUCAUUUUUCAUUACAUUAUCCUUUCUAAUAUUAAAUAUUCUUCUUCAUUCAUUGCCAUAAUUUGCUUCAACGGUUGCACAGAUUAGCAGUACCCUGUAAUUAUGAUUCUAUUAACUAUUCACGUGCCACUUUCCUACGCUUGCAGUUUGUCAAACCAAAUCAGUAGUGUCAACUACUUGUUACCACCCAUUUUCUCUCUUCUUAUUGGUCUUUCCUCAAAGUGUUCUCCCAUCUUCUAGCUUCUGUUACCACAAAAAAAUCAACUGUUUCCAUCUAUCUUAAUUUGUCUAUUCUCCUUCCUUUUCGUAAGGUAUGAAAAAAGAACAGGAUUCAGUUGAUUUUUUUUUCCAUGGACGUGUUACAAGGAGUGUUUCAAAACCGACAACCAUAUACUAAUACGUGCUUGUGGGGUAGAUUCAACAAAUUGAAGUAGACUUGUGUUGGUCAAAUCUCAUGCGAGCAAAGGAAAUUCUUGCUUUCAUAUUUGCUACUUGUUUUUCUGUGCCAUGUAUCGUUUACAUUAUGCAGUCAGAAUUAUUUUUUCAGCUUAGAAAGUUCCUUUUAUGUUUUCAAACUCUUGUUAAUCAUGUGACUGAGAAUAUUAUGCCCCUUUUCAACCCUCUUGUUCUCUCUUGUUAAUGAAUCCAUAGUUUUUGUUUUUUCCCCCUUCAUGGCAUCUAAUUUUCACAGAGAGUUAUAGGUGUUGGAGCAAAGCUAUGGGAAAACAGUGGUCUCUCUCCAGUGUUAUGAAUACCCUCUUCUUGUGUUUCUUUUUUUCUUCUGAACUAGUUAUGACUAGUUUUCUAAAGGUUGGCAAAGUCUCUCCCGUGUUAGAAGGCUCUCAAAUGAAUUGGAUUGACAGGAAGGGAAUUUUCCUUGUGUCAAAUAAAGGAGAAUUUGGCUUUGGCUUUGUCACCACUCCAAAUGACGCAACAUUGUUUCUACUAGCAAUUGUCCACAUGGACAGCACCAAGGUGGUUUGGGUUGCAAAUAGGGCACUUCCUGUCUCUAAUUCAGAUAAAUUUGUGUUUGAUGAGAAGGGCAAUGUCCUUUUACAGAAAGGGUCAAGUGUGGUAUGGUCUACAAGAACAAGUGGCAAGGGAGUUUCUUCAAUGGAAUUGAAGGACACUGGAAACUUGGUUUUGCUAGGGAGUGAUAAUAGAGUGAUUUGGCAAAGUUUCAGCCACCCUACAGAUACCUUGUUGCCAAUGCAAGACUUCAUUGAGGGAAUGAAACUUGUCAGUGAACCUGGUUCUAACAACUUGACCUAUGUUCUUGAGAUUCAAUCUGGCAAUGUCAUUCUCUCAACUGGUUUACAAUCUCCACAGCCUUAUUGGUCUAUGCAAAAGGAUAGUCGCAGAAUUAUCAACAAAAAUGGUGAUUUAGUAGCUUCAGCUACCCUUAAUGCAAACUCUUGGAGGUUCUAUGAUGAAACAAGAUCCUUGUUGUGGCAAUUUGUUUUUGCUAAAGAAGCAGAUGCAAACGCCACUUGGAUUGCAGUUUUGGGAAGUGAUGGCUUAAUCACAUUCUCCAAUCUCCUAAGUGGAGGGUCAAUUGCCUCAGCCACAAGAAUACCACAAGAUUCUUGUAGCACCCCAGAACCUUGUGGUCCCUAUAACAUAUGCAGUGGUGAAAAAAAAUGCACCUGUCCUUCUGUUCUUAGCUCUAGGCCUAAUUGCAAACCCGGGUUUGUCUCUCCUUGUAACUCGAAAAGAACCAUUGAGCUCCUCAAAGGUGAUGAUGGACUCAAUUACUUUGCACUUGAGUUUCUUCAACCCUCUUCAAAGACUGAUUUGAUUGGUUGCAAAACCUAUUGCAGUGCAAAUUGCUCAUGUGUUGCUAUGUUCUUCCACAACAGUUCAGGGAACUGUUUCCUGUUGGACAGGAUCGGAAGCUUUGAGAAAUCUGAUGAAGAUUCUGGUUUUGUCUCUUACGUUAAGGUGGUCUCAAGUGAUGAACACAGUGAAGAAAGUGGAAGCAGCAAUAUGCAAACAAUAAUUGUUGUGAUCAUUGUUAUACUAACACUAAUUGUGAUUUCUGGUAUGCUCUUUGUGGCACGUAGUUGUUUCAGGAAAAAGCAGGAUUUGCCUGAGUCCCCUCAGGAGGAUUCAGAAGAUUACAACUUCUUGGGGAGUUUAACCGGCAUGCCGAUCCGUUACAGCUACAGUGAUCUAGAAACUGCAACAAGUAACUUCUCUGUGAAGCUAGGACAAGGGGGGUUUGGCUCAGUGUAUAAAGGAGUUCUACCAGAUGGAACUCAACUAGCUGUGAAGAAGUUGGAAGGAAUUAGCCAAGGGAAGAAAGAGUUCAGGGUUGAAGUUAGCAUCAUAGGGAGCAUUCAUCACAACCAUUUGGUAAGGCUUAAAGGGUUCUGUGCUGAAGGGUCUCAUAGACUUCUUGCCUAUGAGUACAUGGCCAAUGGUUCAUUGGAUAAAUGGAUAUUCAAAAAGCACAAAGAGGAAUUUGUGUUGGAUUGGGAUGCAAGGUAUAACAUAGCACUUGGCACAGCUAAAGGACUUGCUUAUCUCCAUCAAGAUUGUGACUCAAAGAUUAUUCAUUGUGACAUCAAGCCAGAAAAUGUGCUUCUAGAUGACAACUUCUUGGUCAAGGUUUCUGAUUUUGGCCUGGCUAAGCUCAUGACACGUGAACAAAGCCAUGUUUUCACAACACUUAGAGGCACUAGAGGCUACCUUGCACCAGAGUGGAUCACAAACUGUGCCAUAUCAGAGAAAAGUGAUGUCUAUAGCUAUGGGAUGGUGUUGCUAGAGAUCAUUGGGGGAAGAAAAAACUAUGAUUCUAGUGAAACUUCAGAGAAAACCCAUUUCCCAUCUUUUGCCUUUAAGAUGAUGGAAGAAGGGAAGGUGAGGGAGAUUCUUGACUCAAAGGUGGAAACAUGUGAAAAUGAUGAAAGGGUUCACACUGCUUUGCAAGUUGCAUUGUGGUGCAUACAGGAAGACAUGUCCCUUAGGCCUUCCAUGACCAAAGUUGUCCAAAUGCUAGAGGGUCUAUGCACUGUUCCUAAGCCACCAAGUUGUUCUGUCCUUGGUUCUAGGUUUUACUCAACUUCACUCAAAUCCAUGAGUGAGAAUGGCACUUCUUCAGGACCAUCAGAUUGUAACAGUGAUGCAUAUCUUUCUGCUGUUAGGCUUUCUGGGCCAAGAUAACAGAACGUGUACCAUUUUUUUUUUAAUUUUUAGUGAGGAAAUUGGAAUCAAAUUGGCAUAUUUUUAUCUA